AUGGCAGCCGAUCAUUCGUCCUCUUCCACGGGCCAGCAGCAAACGGCGGACAUCAGCGCGGCCGCGCCCGAGGACUCGAGGCAGAUGGCAAUGAGCGGGCCGCUCAACGUCCGGGGCGACCGGAGGCCGCCGCCGAUGCAGAGGGCCUUCAGCAGGCAGGUCUCUCUCGGCAGCGGCGUGACGGUGCUGGGCAUGGACAGAGGGGGGAGGAACGGUGGCGGAAGGGGCCAGCGCGCCCUCCCCCGCAGUGGUAGGAGCCUCGGGGUGCUCAACCAUAGCGGCGGCCUGGGCCAGGCCGGCGGCGACGGCGCCGCGCGCAGGGGUGGUGACUUCAGCAUGUUCCGGACCAAGUCGACGCUGAGCAAGCAGAACUCGCUGCUGCCGACGAGGAUCAGGGAGUCCGACCUAGAUCUGCCGACGCACGUCGAGGAUCAGUCCGCCGGCAGGCCGGUGGAGGAUCCGCUCAACAAGAGCGUCCCCGCCGGCCGCUACUUCGCCGCGCUCCGCGGCCCUGAGCUCGACGAAGUCCGCGACUACGAGGACAUCCUGUUGCCCAAGGACGAGGUGUGGCCGUUCCUCCUGCGGUUCCCGAUCGGCUGCUUCGGUGUGUGCCUGGGCCUCGGCAGCCAGGCCAUCCUGUGGGGCGCGCUGGCGGCGAGCCCGGCGAUGCGCUUCCUGCACGUCACGCCCAUGAUCAACGUCGCGCUAUGGCUGCUGGCGGUCGCCGUGCUCGUCGCGACGUCCGUCACCUACGUGCUCAAGUGCGUCUUCUACUUCGAGGCCAUCCGCCGCGAGUACUUCCACCCGGUCCGCGUCAACUUCUUCUUCGCGCCGUGGAUCGCGGCCAUGUUCGUCACCAUCGGCCUGCCCCGCGCCUACGCUCCCGAGCGGCUGCACCCGGCCGUGUGGUGCGCCUUCGUCCUGCCGCUCUUCGCGCUGGAGCUCAAGAUAUACGGGCAGUGGCUGUCCGGCGGCAAGCGGCGGCUGUGCAAGGUGGCCAACCCGUCGUCCCACCUCUCGGUGGUGGGCAACUUCGUCGGGGCCAUACUGGCGGCGAGGGUCGGGUGGGCGGAGGCCGGCAAGCUCCUGUGGGCCAUCGGGGUCGCGCACUACAUCGUCGUGUUCGUCACGCUGUACCAGCGGCUGCCCACCAACGAGGCGCUGCCCAUGGAGCUGCACCCGGUGUACUCCAUGUUCAUCGCCACGCCGUCGGCCGCCAGCCUCGCCUGGGCCGCGAUCUACGGCAGCUUCGACGCCGUGGCACGCACCUUCUUCUUCAUGGCCAUCUUCCUGUACCUGUCCCUCGUCGUGCGCAUCAACUUCUUCCGGGGGUUCGGGUUCUCCCUCGCGUGGUGGUCGUACACGUUCCCCAUGACCACGGCGUCGCUGGCCACCGUCAAGUACGCCGAGGCUGUGCCGUGCUUCGCGAGCAGGGCCCUCGCGCUGAGCCUCUCCCUCAUGUCGUCGACCAUGGUGUCGCUGCUGCUCGUGUCGACGCUCCUGCACGCGCUCGUCUGGCGAUCGCUCUUCCCCAACGACCUGGCCAUCGCCAUCACCAAGGACCGGCAGAACGGCGCGGUGAAGCCGAAUGGCAGGGGGAAGAGGGCCAGCAAGAGGGUGCACGACAUCAAGCGAUGGGCCAAGCAGGCGCCCCUGUCCCUCGUGUCCUCCAUCACCAAGAGCCACUCCGCGGACAAGGAGGAAGAGGAGAGAACAGACUAG